AUGGCACCCCUUUUGGAAUCAAGGGGUCUACUUGCCCAAGGUUGGAAAUGCCACAUUGUGUGUGCUUCACCAUCAUCAAGACACACCAAGAAGAACCCAUCGACUAUGGAAUCAGAGCAGCCAGCAGGUUACUUUUCGACCUUUUCUAUCCUCGAUCCAAACCGGCCCAACCCAGAAGGCACAGGGAAACCCCAAAAACGAAACAGACGAGUCUACGUUUGCAUACCAUGUCAUCGACGGAAGCUCAGAUGCGACAAAGGGCAGCCUUGCUCCCGUUGUAUCCAGGCCGACGCUGCCGAUGAAUGUGUAUACCAGAAAUUCCCCUUCAGUUCGAAGCAUGAGUCUGGAAGUGGCGAGUCAGGAGAGACACCGCAAAGUCCAGCACGAGAUAGCCCCCAAACAACACCGGGCCCGAGUGGUAGUGAAGCAAGACCCAGACUUCACGGUGUCACACACUGGAGCACCGUUGCUUCCGAGGUACAGACGAACCAGAUUCCGCUGAAGCAUGCAUCGGGCCUUGAUCCCGAAUGGGGGCCGAGAUACAGACACCUACAGAGCUUAAAGUAUUUGGUCGCCGCGCUUCCGGUUCACCACUUUCCGUUUGGCGAAAUAUGCCACUGUUCAGAAAGCCGAGAAAAUGCGCUUCAAAGUUUACCACCAAGACCUGUUGUCGACACAUUGGUACGGUGUUAUUUCGAGGUUAUCCACCCGAUAUACCGGCUUUUGCACCCUGCCGAGUACGAGUUUGAGCUCCAGGCCUUUUGGAUGAACGUCAACCAUUUCUCCGAGGAAUGGCUUGCUCAGUUCUUUAUGAUACUGGCGUUGGGAUGCCAAGCAGCCCCCGCACAAGUAUUUGCCAGUACGGGAAGACGGCCAAGUUCUUGGACGGACCAGUUCCUGAACAGUUCUCAGUACUUUCUUUGCCGGUCACCGUUUGUUUCGACACCUACUCUUACUUCGGCUCGAACACUUUGCCUUGGGGUUCUCGCGAGAAUAAUGGACAUUGUAAAGGGUGGCGAGACGUCGCAGCUGGCCAGCCUCAUGGGAUACCUCGGUCGAAUGGCGGUCUCCCUGCAUCUCAACCGAACAUCUGCUUUGUUCCCAGAACUCUUGCCAUACGAAGUCGAGAUCCGCCGCAGACUGUGGCUUACUAUUCAGCUUCUGGAGCUGCAAGUGGCCAUGAGGACAGGAACAUCAUGUACACAUCAAGACUACGACGCCGAGCCACCAUUAAACAUUAACGACACCAGCAUCUACCACACCGGACAAGGCUGGGUCCUGGAGCAAGGUGCCGCCAAAUCAGACCUUGCUUUGACCGAUGGCACCUUCCAGACAAGGCUAUCCGACCUCAUUCCGAUACUCUCGGAAAUCACCACCGCCGUGAACCAAACCACGGCUCAGACGGCCCUCAAAUAUGACAAAAUCCAAUCCUGGGACGAGCAACUCCGUCGCAAAGUUCGAGAAGCGGCAUCCGUGUUGCUUAUGGCAGCUCAAUCGCAAGCAAACUACUCCUUCAGACCUCGGAUACAACUUGAAUUCCUCAGAGUCCUCGUCAACCGCUCCCUGCUAGCCCUCCACCAUCACUAUAUUUCUGCACCGAGGUUCCGACAAUUCCCGGCCUCUUCCCAAGCCGUAAUCAACUCGUCUCUCGAGAUUCUGAGUGUCCACCAGUCGUGGUAUCAACCAAGUCAUGGCCUCGACUACCCAAGCAGCAGCAUAGCUCUACCAGAGGGGGCCGCCCACCGCUCAACAGCCACGCUGCUGGAUAUAUGCCGUGACAGCUUUGGCGCUGCAAUGUUAUAUCUUGUUACGUCCUGUCGAAGACUAUCGCUGAAUGUGAUUCAGUUACCACCCACGGAUGGGAGGCAACAACACGCAACAAGCCAAGCGGAGAUUGUCAGGUUGGUGCAGACGCAGCUGGAAGACUUUAGGGAGAGGGCGUGUCGUUCCCCUAGUCAUUAUGAUGAGUAUAUUAGUUUGGCGGUCGCGGAGGGGUGUUUACGGGGUUUGAUGGGUGGGAGUUGUGGUGGGGGGUUGACGGCGGGUUUGAUGGAGGUUGCUGAUCGGAUUGAGAGGACUGUCCUUGAGGGGAAAUUGUGGACUGGUGGUGGUGGUGGUGGUGUGGAAGGGAGCACGGGGUUUACGCCUGUUACGCCGGGGGGGUUUGAAGGGGCGGGAGGGUUUAUUUUUCCUCAUUAG